AUGGCCAUCCGCUACGUUAUUCUUCUCUCGCGCCAAGGCAAAGUCCGCCUCUGCAAGUGGUUCACCACUCUCUCGCCGAAGGAGAAAGCCAAGAUUACAAAAGAGAUCUCCGCCCUCGUCCUCGCCCGCCGCACGCGCAUGUGUAACUUCCUCGAAUACAAAGACUCCAAAGUCGUCUACCGGCGCUACGCCUCCCUCUUCUUCAUCGCCGGCAUCGACGCCACAGACAACGAGCUCAUCACGCUAGAGAUCGUGCACCGCUACGUCGAGCAGAUGGACAAGUACUACGGCAACGUGUGCGAGCUGGACAUCAUCUUCAACUUCCAGAAGGCGUACUUCAUCCUCGACGAGCUGCUGAUCGCCGGGGAGCUGCAGGAGAGCUCGAAGAAGAAUGUGCUGAGGUGUAUUUCGCAGGAGGAUGCGUUGGAGGACAUGGAGUUGUCGUAA